AUGCUGUCCAUCUCAGAAGUUCCUGUUGAGAAAAACAGUUUUUUCAGUCACCGAUCAUCCAAGCAUGCAGUGCGCUUGGGAUGGAACUUUUUUUUCAUUUGCCACAUUCAGUACAGUUUUUUUCGGGUAUGCGGGGGUUUAAAUUUACAAAGGCACCUGUCGCUAACAAUCGCAACGCUUUAUUGCUGGUUGGACUUGCUUGACCAGGACAAAACCGAACCUUGGUUUGCACCAUACAAGCUAUGGCGUGUAACAGUCACUGAAUAUGAUGUUCUGCGUUAUUCAGCUGUUCGCAAUGGACUCCCUCUCGAUGCUUCUUCUAUGGAGUUUGUCCAGCCAGGAGACUAUGCUGCAUACUCAGGAUCAUAUGAUAAUCAACUUCAUGGAAGACACAUCAACGGAAAUGGUGUUGGUGAGCCAUGGCCAUCUUUUCAUGAGUGA